AUGAUAAAUAGCUCUAAAGCGUCGAUUUUCAUUCAUCUUGAUAUCCUGAAAAAAUAUAAACAGAAAAUGACAGAGAUGCGCGGUGGGUGCUGCGCAGGUGCAUGGAUAAAGUUUCGUUUGUUGAUGUGGAAAAACUUUCUGCAGCAAUGGAGACAUCGUUUACAGACACUGAUAGAGUUAUUUUUACCAGUAAUUACAAUGGCCUUGGUACUGUUAUUACGAUGGCAGGUAGAACCCUCGCAAGAGCCAAUGCGCACAUAUCCUCCAAUACCUGCAUACGGAUUGAACCUUUCUAAGGAUGUGCUGGUUGGCAUGAAUGUGUCACAACUAUCAAUUGCAUAUUCGCCAACGAGUGCUGUAUUAGAAGAUGUAGUAUUAUCAGCUGUAAUUAAGAUAGUUAUAGAGAACCAAGAUUUAAUACCUGGAGUUAUCGAAAUGCUUGAAGAAAAUUUCCCAAAUUUUCCUGCCAUACCGCCAGAUUUAAUAUCUCAGUUAACUCCGCAAAUUAUUAACUUGGUAAUUAGAAAUUUGACUACGGUACAUGCUUUCAAUAAUAGUGAUCAGUUAAGAGGGCUCUAUGGAAAAGAAGAGACCACUCGCAUUGUUCUUGCCGCUGUGGAGUUUGAUGACCAACUCUAUGGCGCGACGCAGUUGCCAACAAUGGACUUAUCAUAUGCUCUACGGUUUCCGAGUAGACCCCGAUUGAAUUCAUUUUACCAGAGAGGUGCAAGGAAUUGGCGAACUCAUAGGGUUUUCCCUAACUUUGAAUCGCCAGGUCCCAGGUUUCCAUUUUCGUAUGAAGGAGGCAAUGACCCAGGUUACGUGAACGAAAUCUUCAUAGCGUUACAGCACGCCAUUUCAAUUGAAUUGGUAUCCAGAGUGACGGGACAAGACUUGAGCUCAUUUAGGGUUAAACUCCAGAGGUAUCCGCAUCCACCUUAUCUCGAAGACUUAGCCGUGGAUUUACUACAAUUAAUGUUCCCAAUGUUCAUCAUGUUAAGCUUCAGCUACACGGCUGUUAACAUAGUCCGGGCCGUUACUAUUGAGAAAGAAUUACAACUGAAGGAAACUAUGAAAAUAAUGGGUCUUCCCACGUGGUUGCACUGGACAGCGUGGUUCUGCAAGCAAUUUCUUUUUCAACUAGUUAGUGCUGUGCUCAUUACAAUACUUUUAAAGGUGAAUUGGUUUACUAACGAAGACGGCUUCAAUGAAUAUGCUGUAUUUACUAAUACGCCAUGGACUGUUCUGUUCUUUUAUUUGACACUCUAUUUAUCUUGCAUGAUAUUUUUCUGCUUCAUGAUAAGCGGGUUGUUUUCGAAAGGUAGUUCAGCAGCAUUGUUUACAGGCAUUUUCUGGUUUCUGACGUAUAUUCCAGCCUUCUUGUUAAGUAUGGAUAUCCAAAUGUCUACUACGGGGCAAAUCUUAAGCUGUCUAAGCAUCAAUACCGCAAUGUCGUUUGGCUUUCAGUUGAUGCUUGCCAGGGAAAGUUUAGGAGGAAUGCACUGGAGCGAUUUCAUGGCGUCACCUGCUACGGAGAGCACAGAAUUUGUUUUUGGUCACGUGGUGAUCAUGUUGGUAGCAAACUGCGUGCUCUAUAUGUUGAUUACUCUGUACCUUGAACAGGUGGCCCCAGGGCCAUUUGGUUCACCUCGUCCAUGGUACUUCCCCUUGCAAGCACGGUUCUGGUGUCCCGGUGGUAAAUCUGCAACUGACAUUAUUUUGAGCAAUGCUAAGAACUACGAUGACGAUAUUAUUAAAGAAAAAGAUCCUAAGCGCCAUAGUAUUGGAGUAAAAAUGCAAAAUUUGACUAAAGUCUACGGUAAUCAAAUUGCUGUUAACCAUUUAUCUUUGAACAUUUUCGACGAUCAAAUAACAGUACUUUUGGGACACAACGGAGCUGGGAAGUCUACCACUAUUUCUAUGCUGACAGGUAAUCUUGAAGCAUCGCACGGAAUAGUGGAGGUGGCUGGUUAUGAUAUGUCUACACAAACUGAAGCUGCUCGUUCCCAUAUAGGAUUAUGUCCACAACACAAUGUAAUUUUCCACGACUUAACAGUCAGGGAACAUCUUGAAUUUUUCGCAAGAUUAAAAGGUUUUACUGGUGCCAAUUUAACAAAAGACGUGGAAACACUUAUUGAAAAAUUGGAACUUCAGGAAAAGCGCGAUUGCCGAUCAAAAGCAUUAUCUGGUGGUCAGAAACGUCGUUUAUGUGUUGGUAUUGCUCUAAGUGGUGGAGCAAAGGUGGUUCUACUCGACGAACCAACUUCUGGCAUGGAUCCUGCCUCUAGACGCGGUCUAUGGGACUUAUUACAAAGGGAGAAAAAGGGACGGUCAAUGAUCUUAACAACACAUUUUAUGGACGAGGCGGACAUUCUGGGUGACCGAGUGGCGAUAAUGGCGCACGGUAAACUACAAUGUGUGGGUUCCCCGUAUUUCCUUAAACGUCACUACGGAGUGGGAUACACACUUGUCGUUGUGAAGGACGAUGACUUUGAUCAAAAUAAAUGCACCGAACUUAUAAAUGAUUACAUUCCUGGCACAAUUGUCAAGGAAGAUCGUGGAUCUGAGAUCACGUAUAGUUUACUAAAUGAUCUUUCACACAAGUUUGAAGACAUGUUGAACGAUUUGGAAAGGAAUGCGAGAAUCAUUAAGUAUAAAAAUUACGGCUUAAUUGCGACAACGCUUGAAGAUGUUUUCAUGUCUGUUGGAGCAGACUUGGCACUCGUUAACUCAAAUUCGGAUUCCGAUGACGCUGCUACCACUAUAACGGAUUCUACCACUGACGAUGUGUCUAGAAAUGAAAUUGAUUCGUCUUUAGAACAGUUGGACAAGCACGAUAGUUCAGUGACUGGAUUCACUCUCCUCGGACAGCGCGUUUUAGCGGUGUGGCUCAAACUGUUGCUGGUGUGGUCACGCUCGUAUUGGCUCCUGAUUCUACAAUUUGCGGCACCCAUCGUUCUCAUCAAUGCCACACUGGGCGUGCUGCAAUACGUAAUGUCGAGGACGGCUACUAUACAAAAUAGAAUUUUGUCUCUCACUGAUGGAUUUGUGAAAACAGAAACAUUGCUGAGUUAUAAUGGCACAUCAGCGUCAGGACUGGGCGCACUCGCUGCUGCAGCUUACCAAAAAAUGUUUGAAGCCUAUGACAGAGAUGAUAUGGCAAUCACUAACAUUGGUGAACAACCUAUGGAUGUAUACUAUUUGAAUAGAACAUGGGAUCCCGUAGACAUGGGUACUUUGCGCAACCAACUGCUAAUUGGUUCUACUUUUACCGACGAUUCUGCAACUGCCUGGUUCAGCAACUUCGGACACCAUGAUGUGGCGAUGUCACUUGCCGCGGUGCAUACAGCUCUUCUUAAAAUGUGGAACCCAAAUGCCUCUCUUAUUGUAUCUAACCACCCCUUGGAAGCCAGUUAUUCAGACCAGACAGAUAUGCGAUUGAUGAUCAGCAUGAUAUCCAUGCAGCUUUCUUCUGGUAUCGGUAGCAGUAUUGCUAUUGUGAGCGCAGUGUAUAUCAUGUUUUAUAUCAAGGAACGCAUAUCUGGCGCAAAGCUGCUCCAGAAGGCUGCUGGCGUUCAACCAUUAAUCUUGUGGGGUAGCGCCGCAGUUUUUGACUGGAUUUGGUUCCUUAUCAUCUGCAUUAGUAUAGUUGUUUCUUGUGUUGCUUUUGGGGUUGUUGGAUUCUCUACUGCUGCUGAACUGGGUCGGCUGUACGUGUGUGUGAUGGUGUAUGGGGCGGCGAUGUUGCCGCUGACUUAUAUCCUGUCGCACGUAUUCAACAGACCCGCCAUUGGCUUCGUAUCCUGCUUCUUCUUGAAUGUGGUGCUUGGUAUGAUGGGCGCCCAAAUAGUGGAGUCGCUAAUGUCACCAGUAGUCGACACCAAAUACAUCGCGGAGGUCUUCGACUCGGUACUCCAAAUAUUUCCGCUAUAUAGCUUCAUUACUGCUCUUCGAUAUUUGAAUCAGAUCGGUCUUCGUGUGCAUACUUGCCUUCAAAUGUGCGAGUACUUGCAAGCUGUGUUGCCUAAUUUCGAAUGUACCAUGGAGUCUCUGUGUGAGCGACAAGACGACUGUUGCGUUCAGAAAAAUCCAUUCUUCUUAUGGGAGGAGCCGGGUGUGCUGCGUUACCUUGUGGCUAUGAUUUGCAUGUGCAUCGUAUUCUGGAUCAUCCUCAUGAUUAUAGAAUACAGGCUCGUACAAAAGGUAUGGAAUUUCAAGAAAACACCACCACUGAUAGACGAGAGGACACUUGAUCAGGACGUUGCAGCCGAAGCACAGCGUGCGCGUCAGGUGUAUAUGUCAAAUCACAGUAACCAAGCACUACUCGCCACAGGGCUGUCGAAGUACUACCGAAAACAUCUUGCUGUGGAUCAAAUUUCCUUUAGUGUGAGUGACGGCGAAUGCUUCGGUCUAUUGGGUGUGAACGGAGCUGGCAAGACAAGUACUUUCAAGAUGCUAAUGGGUGAUGAAGCUAUAUCAAGCGGUGAAGCUUUUGUAAGCGGACAUUCAGUUCAGAGAAAUCUUAACAAAGUGCACCAAAAUAUCGGUUACUGUCCGCAAUUCGACGCGUUGUUUCUCGAGCUGACAGGUCGCGAAACCCUGCGCGUGUUUGGGCUAAUGCGCGGCCUGCGUAUGAGCUCCAUCUGGCACAUCUCUGAGGUGUUUGCACACUCGCUUGGAUUUUAUAAACAUCUAGAUAAGAGGGUGCACCAAUAUUCUGGCGGUACGAAGCGCAAGUUAAAUACGGCUGUGGCUUUCCUGGGAAAGACGCGCCUCGUGUUCGUAGAUGAACCCACUACUGGCGUUGAUCCUGCUGCGAAACGACACGUGUGGCGCGCGGUGCGUGGUGUACAGCGCGCGGGGCGCGGCGUGGUGCUGACGUCGCACAGCAUGGAGGAGUGCGAGGCGCUCUGCUCGCGCCUCACCAUCAUGGUCAACGGUCGCUUCCAGUGCCUCGGAACGCCGCAGCAUCUCAAGAACAAGUUUUCUGAAGGUUUCACUCUAACUAUCAAGUUAAAGACUGAUGAAGCUGAAAGAUCAGCCAACACGUUAACUCGACAAAGUAGUAUCGUAUCAGCCUCAGCGUCUGUCGUCAAAGAUUACGUUAACUUGAAUUUCCGUAAUCCAAAAAUAAUGGAGGAGUACCAAGGUUUUUUGACAUAUUAUUUGCCUGACCGCAGCAUAGCGUGGUCGCGAAUGUUUGGUAUUAUGGAGCGAGCUAAGCGAGAACUUGAAAUUGAAGAUUACACUAUCAAACAGACCACACUUGAGCAGAUUUUCCUACAGUUUACGAAAUACCAAGGUCAUAGGGAGGUACAAGCUACAGAAACAUUAAUUUCAAUGUAA